CCAGCCAGCCCUGUCCCUUCUCCCUUCCAGCCCAGACUCUCGGCCUCGCUGGUGAGUCCUCGGGGGAUGCCAUGUCCCUGCCCCGCUGUCCCCAGCCCCGUGGUGGCCCUGCCAGGCUGGUGUCCCCUGUCACCUGCAGGUGCCCAGAGCCCCCAGCUCCUGGUGGAGCCCCCCUGGACGCUGGCGGUGCUGUGGGACCGGGUGACACUGACCUGCCAGGGCUCGGGGACCGCCGGUGACACCACCUGGUACAAGGACGGGCAGAGAUGGGGACAGGAGGGACGCGACAGCUUCCGUGUCACCGAGAGUGGCACCUACACGUGUGAGAGACCUGGCACACGGCGCAGCUCCCCCGUGAGGAUGUUAAAUGGUGAGAAGGGUUUGGGUGUCCCCAGCCUGGCACCCACGGUGACCCUGAGGGCUCAGGGUGGGCUCAGCUCCAUGGGUCACCCCCUGUGGAGGGUCCCGGUGAUAACGGGUGUGACAGGUUCCCCCUGUCCCCUAGACUCGGUGGUGCUGCAGGUGCCGGCGCGGGCGCUGCUGGAGGGGGACAGAGUGACCCUGCGCUGCCGGAGCUGCUGGAACCUGUCUGUCACCUCAGUGUCCUUCUACCGCGAGGGGAAGAAACUGGCGACACUCCAUAAUGGGACUGAGCUGUCCCUGUCCCCUCUGCAACUUCAUCACAGUGGCCGCUACCGCUGCAAGGGCCGGGUGGGCAUCUGGGGGUGGAGGAACUCCGCACCGGUGCCAGUGACAGUGCAGGAGCUCUUCUCGGUGCCGGUGCUGGAGGGUUCCCCCGAGUUUACCGAGGGGUCCCCCCUCAAUCUCAGCUGCCUCAGCACCCCCAGCCCCCUGCGGCCCCCAGCCCCCCUCCUGUACCGCUUCUACCGGCACGGGCAGUUGGUGGGGGGCCCGCAGGGGUCCCCGCAGCUCCUGGUGCCCGCCGUGGGGGUCUCCCACUCGGGGAAUUACAGCUGGGUCCCGCUCUCGAGGGUGUCGCUGUCGGUGCAGCCCCCCGGGGCACAGGUGGCACUGGGGGACCGCCUGGUGCUGAGCUGCGCGGUGGCCAUGGGGACAGGUCCCCUGUCCUUCUCCUGGCACCGGGGGAGCUCGGCCACACCACUGGGCACCGGUCCCCCCUAGAGCUGCAGCACGUUGGGGACAAUGACAGCGGCCACCACCAGUGCCGGGUCAGCAACGGUGACAGCGUGGCCAAGAGCCCCGCACUGAACAUCACUGU